GCCCGUCGACGCUCAGCGCCGGGACGCGUGCUCACCUGACGUCGUGGCCAGAAGCGAAGCCGGAGUCUCCAGCGAAGAACGGCCGCGGCGUCCUACACUUCUGCCAUCCUCGUCAAAAAUGUCUGGAGAGAGCAAGCCGUGGAGGCGUCCUGACGACAAGCCGGUGCCGACGGUGUGGCGGCGCUUCGAGGGCCGGCGCCCCAUGGCGGACGGCAAGAAGCCGCGCUUCGUCAUCCAGGACGUGCCGCCGGAGAUGGACGACGCCGUCCUGGAGCACAUGGUGACGCACUUCCUGCGCGACGAGCCCGUCUGCUCGCUGUCCGGGCUGCGCGACGAGCCAGACUCGCUGCGCUGCUUCACCGGCAUCUGGCGGGCCUACCUGCGCCAGCGCGCCGCCCUCGUCGCGCUCGUCGAGGACGACGACGGCGUCGGCAGGCGCGUCAUCGGCGCCAACCUCACCAAGCCGGAGUGCCUCGCGGACAGGGACAAGAAGGAGCAGAUUGAGGGCGUGGCCUGCCACAAAGUGUUCGACGCCUACGCUUACCUGAUGUCGCGGGUGCAGCCGGACGUGUUCACGCGCUACGGCGUCGACUGCUACCUGACGGCGCUCGGCCUCUCCGUGGACCCCGAGUACCGGGGGCAGGGCGUGGGAGAACAGCUGCUGAGGGCGCGCUGGGACCUGUGCAGGGCCCUGGGCAUACCGCUCACCGUCACCUGGUUCUCCGCCAGGGCGUCGCAGAUCCUGGCGGAGCGAGUGGGAUUUGAGACCCUGGUUGAAGUAUCCUAUGAGGAAUACGGGGAGCCAGACUUCAAGAAGAGCUCCACACCUACCAUGAAGAUCAUGGCUGCCCGUAUAACGUAAUGUGAUAUUCGGCUGUUUUCUCAGUUUACGUCUGGCAUUGACAGCUUACUAUAGCUGAGACUUGAGAAGUGGCAUCAAGGGCAGUGUAUUCAUACACGUAGUUUGCUAAGUUAUACCAUUUUUAGAUUUUUUUUCAAGUCUGUAUGCGUAAGCACGUCAAACACAAACUGACAAAGAUUUAUAAACUAUUUGAAUAAAUGGAAAA